UAGCACCUGCUUCCAGGAUAAGAAGGGCAAAAACAACCCCAGCCGGCGUAAUGCAGGGAGUCCCCGCCCCUCCUCCUGUGCUUCCUCCUCCCAAGCCCCGCCCCCACCUGCCCAAGAUAAUUUUAGUUUCCCUGGGCCUGGAGCCGGGAUACACGGGGCUCAGUCUCCUUCCCCCCCUAGACCUCUACGUCCAAAGUCGGGACACUCUCCUACCACCUGUAGAGAAGCAGGAGUGGAUCUGAAAUCAAGUCCGGGUAUCUGGGGGACCUUAGAGAGAGCCCGACUUCGGGCCCUGUGUCCUGCUGUUCCCGCUGGGGCUUCUCCAGAUGUCAUGGAGCUGGGCCUGUCUCCACCUCAUCUCAGCAGCUCCCCAGAAGACCUGUACCUGGCCCCCGGAUCCCCUCCUGGGACUCCCCCAUCUCCCGAUGCCCCGCUGCCUGGGGAGGUUAAGAGAUCUCAGCCUCUGCCAAUUCCAGCCAGCAGGAAACUUCGAGAGGAGGAGCUUCGGGCAUCCUCUCUACCUUCCAUCCCCAACCCCUUCCCAGAGCUCUGCAGUCCUCCUUCACAGACCCCGAUUCUCGGGGGGUCCUCCGGUGCAAGGGGUCUUCACCCCCGCGAUGCCAGCCGCCCCCAUGUGAUAAAGGUGUACAGUGAAGAUGGGGCCUGCCGGUCGGUGGAGGUGGCGGCGGGCGCCACGGCUCGCUACGUGUGUGAAAUGCUGGUGCAGCGAGCUCACGCCCUGAGUGAUGAGAACUGGGGGCUGGUGGAGUGUCACCCCCAUCUAGCCUUAGAGCGGGGCUUGGAGGACCAUGAGUCCGUGGUGGAAGUGCAGGCUGCCUGGCCCAUUGGUGGAGACAGCCGCUUCGUCUUCCGGAAAAACUUCGCCAAAUACGAACUUUUCAAGAGCUCCCCACACUCCCUGUUCCCAGAAAAGAUGAUCUCCAGCUGUCUUGAUGCACACACAGACAUAUCCCAUGAAGACUUUAUCCAGAACUUCCUGAAUGCUGGCAGCUUCCCGGAGAUCCAGGGCUUCCUGCAGCUGCGGGGGUCGGGACGCAAGCUUUGGAAACGCUUCUUCUGUUUCCUGCGCCGGUCUGGCCUCUACUACUCCACCAAGGGCACCUCCAAGGAUCCAAGGCACCUACAGUACGUGGCAGAUGUGAAUGAGUCCAAUGUGUACAUGGUGACCCAGGGCCGCAAGCUCUACGGGAUGCCCACAGAGUUUGGGUUCUGUAUAAAGCCCAACAAGCUUCGAAAUGGCCACAAGGGGCUUCGCAUCUUCUGCAGUGAGGAUGAACAGAGCCGCACCUGCUGGUUAGCUGCCUUCCGCCUCUUCAAGUAUGGGGUGCAGCUGUAUAAGAACUAUCAGCAGGCACAGUCUCGCCACCUGCGCCCAUCUUGUGUGGGGUCUCCGCCCUUGAGGAGUGUCUCAGAUAACACCCUGGUGGCCAUGGACUUCUCCGGCCAUGCUGGGCGUGUCAUCGAGAACCCCCGGGAAGCUCUGAGUGCAGCCCUGGAGGAGGCCCAGGCCUGGAGGAAAAAGACCAACCACCGACUCAGCCUGCCCACGCCAUGCUCAGGCACGAGCCUCAGCGCAGCCAUCCACCGCACCCAACCUUGGUUCCAUGGACGUAUUUCCCGAGAGGAAAGCCAGCGGCUCAUCGGGCAGCAGGGCCUGGUAGACGGCUUGUUCCUGGUCCGAGAGAGCCAGCGGAACCCACAGGGCUUUGUCCUCUCUUUGUGCCACCUGCAGAAAGUUAAACAUUAUCUUAUCCUGCCGAGCGAGGAGGAAGGCCGCCUCUACUUCAGCAUGGACGAAGGCCAGACUCGUUUCACCGACCUGUUGCAACUCGUGGAGUUCCACCAGCUGAACCGUGGCAUCCUGCCGUGCGUGCUGCGCCACUGCUGCACCCGAGUGGCCCUUUGACCCCAUGGCUGCAGGCUCAGGCUUCAGGCUGUCCACUGCCCACUCUGCUCACGGAGUGGACUCAUGGGUACAGAAGAUGGGAACAGGGUCUUGAAUAAUUGGAGGGCUCCCUUACUCCAGUCUUCUCCUCUGUUCUUGGCCUCCCUCAGGCAGAAUGUGUCUCCAUGCCUCUCCUCAAGGGAGGGCACUCGGGGUGGCCUUCUCCCUUUCAAGGAGCUCCUGGGCACCGCUCUGGGGCAGGGCAUUAUGGGAGAAAUGGGGGAAGCCCAUGUGGGCUUAUGCCCGCACUUUGUAUAGAUUGAGAGGCCAGUUGAUGUGCUGUUUUAUACUAAUGACAAUAAAGAUUAU